CCCCGUUUUUUCCUCACCUAAACAAAUUAUUCUACGCCAUCACAACAUCCCCGUCUGUUGGAAUCUCGGAAGUUCUGCUCUGCUGGAGACAAAAGGUACCAGGAUGAAAAAGUCCAAGCCCGAUGAAGAUAAAAGGUCCCCGCGGCCGACGCUCGUGCGAACAACACGCAGUUCCAGAAGCGCCGAGUCUCAGGACUCUGGCCUGGACCAGUACGGGAAACAGCGCAAGAAGCAGUCUGACUCGGCCCUGGCCCAGGACCUUCGUCAGAUGAGCGUAAGUGGGCAGAGAGGCCCAACUUCGAGUGAUGAAAAGCAGUUAGGUGAGCGUCAGAAAGCUCCCCCUGUCGUCAAAUCCGGUUGCGGUCUUGCCUCCGUGGCCCGCCUGAUCAAGCUGGGUCGCUGUAAGAACGUGGUGGUGGUGACCGGAGCUGGAAUCAGCACCGCCAGCGGAAUUCCCGACUUCAGAACUCCCGGGACGGGCCUUUACGCCAACUUGGAAGCAUACAACGUUCCCUACCCGGAAGCCAUUUUCAACGUGGACUAUUUCUCCAACGACCCGCAGCCUUUCUUUUCUCUUGCCAAGGCGCUUUAUCCCGGCAGUCACAGACCCAACUACAUCCACUACUUCAUCCGCAUGCUGCACCACAAAGGCCUGCUGCUCCGCGUGUACACGCAGAAUAUCGACGGCCUGGAGAAACUGUGUGGGAUCCCGGAUGACAAAUUGGUCGAAGCUCAUGGCAGUUUUGCCACCGCUUCCUGUCACCUGUGCUACACGCCGUACCCCGCAGAGGAAGCAAAGCGUGCCAUCAUGAACGGCGACAUCCCCACAUGCACGUUCUGCGCCGCCACAGUCAAGCCCGACGUGGUCUUUUUCGGCGAGGACCUUCCGCAGAAGUACUUCCUCCACGCCAAAGACUUCCCCAAAGCCGACCUGCUCGUCAUCAUGGGGACCUCGCUACAGAUCGAGCCUUUUGCCAGCCUGGUAAACACGAUGCGGUCCACGGUGCCACGUCUGCUCCUCAACCGGCACGCCGUGGGCCCGUUCCAGAGGGUCCCGCUGCGCAGAGGAGACCACAUGGAACUGGGCGACCUCGAGAACACGGUGCGGAGGUUCGCUGAAAUGCUGGGCUGGAACGACGACAUCGUGGAGUUGAUGAGGAGUCAGGAACAAGAGCAGCACGUCCCGAUGCUGGUCGGUAACGGAAGCGGAAGUGGCUGCAGCGGCGGCGAGGAGUCAGACUCGGAGACAGACAGCAAGUGCUCGGCGUCGUCCUGCCCGAGCAACUGACAGUGGGAAAUUUUUGACACUCGUCAUGUUUGACUUUUGACGCUUGUUUGCCUCCAUGUGUCAUGUUUGCACGAGUCUACUUCAAGCACACAAAUCCACUGAACUUUUUCAUACAAUAUAAACACAGUUUUAACCAAUAUUUAAUAAAGCCUGUUGAGUAAUGAGCCCAAA